UGUUGUUGAUAAUUUCGGAUGACGUCUACAGCCUUGCGCAGCCGCAGCCCGGUAGGAGAAGAUGGUGCUUAUCAAGGAAUACCGCGUGAUCCUACCGAUCUCUGUGCAAGAGUACCAAGUUGGUCAGCUGUUCACCGUAGCAGAGGCCAGUAAGAAUGAGACGGGGGGAGGAGAAGGCAUUGAGGUGCUGAUAAAUGAACCCUAUGAGGAAGAGGGAGAGAAGGGACAGUACACACAUAAAGUUUACCAUCUGAAGAGUAAAGUCCCAGGCUGGUUGAGGUAUAUUGCACCAGAGGGAGCGUUAGUCUUCCAUGAAAAAGCCUGGAAUGCCUACCCAUACUGUCGCACCGUUAUAACGAAUGAGUAUAUGAAAGAUGACUUCCUGAUAAAGAUUGAGACGUGGCACAAACCUGACAUGGGAACUCUAGAAAACGUGCAUGACUUGGAUGGUCCUACGUGGAAGACAGUGGAGGUGAUUCCCAUCGACAUCGCAGACAAAGAUGUGGUGGCUCAUGGGGAUUAUAAAGCAGAGGAGGAUCCGGCUCUGUUCAAAUCUACAAAGACAGGCAGAGGACCGCUCUCACCUGAAUGGAAGAAUGAUCUGAUGAACAAGACAGACUGUCCUAAGAUGUGUGCCUACAAACUGGUCACUGUAAAGUUCAAGUGGUGGGGCCUGCAGACCAAAGUAGAGAACUUUAUCCAGAAGCAAGAGAAGCGUAUUUUCACUAACUUCCAUCGCCAGUUGUUCUGUUGGAUUGACAACUGGGUGGAGCUGACCAUGGCAGACAUCCGACGAAUGGAGGAAGAGACCAAGAAAGAGCUGGAAGAGAUGCGUGAGAAGGGCACCGUUAGAGGAACCUCGGCAACGGAAGAGUAACCCCGCCCCUAUAGGUCAAAGGUCAGAGACAGGCUGACUGCGUAGUUCAGGUCAGGUUCGAGGCAUGAGUGCGGCUCACGAGCAGUGAGGUCGACCAACCAAACCCUUCCAUGAUGAUGAUGUCACCAAGCUCACAAAGAAGAGGAAGUCAGCUGCUCUACUUCCUGUCUCCCAUGAUUCAUAGAGGGGUUUUCCCUGAUUGGUCAAUAGUAGUGUACCGACCCCCAAUCACAUGCCUCCUAUUCACGUAGAAAAACAAAAGCCGUUAUGCAUUUAAAAAACAAAUUAAGGGAAAAAACGAUUUGCACAGAAAGUAAAUUUAAAUUGCCUGUAAUUAUAAUUGUUAGUUAAUUAUGAGACAGGCUUAAUUUGUAUCCACACUCAAAGCCAAGCCUUUUAAUCAGACUAGAAUGUUAUUUUACAGUCCUCUGUAUAUGUUAUAAUGUCCCCCUAAAUUGGACCAAUUUGUUUUUGUUUUAUGUAUUUUGUUCCCUGUUGGAUACUGUAUCUGUCAUUGCUCUAGUUGGCUUCAUCCUUGUUUCAGUCUCCUCCCUCGAGACUAAGAUCUGUAUAAACCCUUAUCCGAGGUGUAGUGGUCUGCAGACUUGAAAUAAGUCCAAAAUGGCAUCCUAUUCCAUAUAGUGCACUACUUCUGGCCAGAGGGCCGGGUCUGAAUAGGGUGCCAUUUGGGAAGUCGAUUUAGCACCUCAACCCCUGUCCUGUCUGUCUGACAGGUGGCGUUUUUUGAUUUGACCCUGUCCAGGCCUGUUGCGAUCUCUUGUAGAACAUGGUUGAGUGGUUUGACAUACAUGUAUACGAUUCCUGCCCUCUUUGACUGAUUUUGUUGCCGUUUGUUGUUGCAUUGCUGUCCUUUGAUCCGGUGUGUUUUCCUUUUUAAUGUGUUAAGGUUUUAAACAUUUCGUCCAUUGUUUGCCCCAAGCAUGUUUGCUGAGUUCAUACAUUUCAGAGCUGCUAGAUCAGCUGUCACUUGUACCUGUAGUUCAGGUGUCAUUCUACUCGGAUGAUGGAGAAUAGAUGGAAUUGAACCCUUUUGCUUUCUGCUUAGCUGUAGUCGCGUCGCUAAUGACUUCAGGGCUAGAAUUUGGUGGCGUUGAAAUACUUAAAGUUUUUGAUAGAUACCCAGAUCUGCUGCACCGUUACCUGUUAGGAGGGACAGAAAUACAUCUCCCUUGUGACUACCAGUUUAUUUCUACCACUGUAGUGUUGACUGUCCUCUUAAUUCAUAUUCACGGUUAUAAAACGUGGUCAGGUCUACUCCAGAGUGUUUCCCAAACUGGGGCAGGACCGUGUUUGGGGAAAACCCUGUUCUAGAUGACCUCUAUCUCCAGUACUGUAAUUAUAUAUAGUAGGGAGCUGGCUCAAAUGGCACCCUGUUCCCUAUAUGUAGUGCACUACUUUUGACAGCAAUAUAUAGUAGAUAGGGUGUUGAGGUUUAGAAUAGGUUGUAUUACUCUUGGAAAGUUUGUCAGAUCAGUGGGCAGUGUGCUGUCCAGACACUCUGACAGGUUAGGAUUGGAGAACGUAAUGUUCCGCUUUCAGCCAUACUGUAGUUAUUACCCCUGUGAAUGUAGUGUGUCUAUGGGAUAAUGCAUGUCUUAGUAUGCAAAGAAAAUAUUUUUGUGCGGAUAGUCACACAUUCUCCAUCAGCGCAACCAUGUAGCUACCUGCUGCAGCAUUAACAUAAGGAUAUUUGAAGUAUCUCUACUUAAACUUGAUAGUUUAUUCCCGUUAUAUUGUUUUACAUUUUGAUCUCCAGGAUCAUGAAGCCUUGGAGUGAGACACUGUUAAAAUGUGAAAUGGAUAAGUUGUAUUCUUUUUCUUUUGUCCAUUGUUUCUCCUAUUUUUUGGGAUGUUUUGUUUUUUAGAUUUUAGCCGUUCCUGUUGGGUUGAACAGCUGCAUCUACACAGGCAGCCCAAUUCUGAUCUUUUUUUCCCUACACAUCCCAUCAGCUCUUUUUCGGAGCUUAUCUGGCUGGUCAAAAGAUGAGAAUUGAGCUGCCUGUGUAGAUGCAGCCAAUGUGACCCAUAACGAUUAGUCUUUAUAGAAGUACCAGUGAUGUGAGCCAGGGUUAGAAAGUGAUUCAACUAGUUUUCACCAAGCCACUGAUUACUUUAAUCAGGUGUGUUAGUGAUGAGCUGGAACAACCUGUGUGUACCCCCCCAGGAAUGGAUUGAGAAACACUGGCCAUCAGAGUCCAUUGUAUCUGUAUGGUCAUCAUGCCUAAGCACUUGCAAAAUACAUUUUAUUUGAAAGAAAAAUAUUAACAAUGCAUAUAAAUGUAUAUUUUCUGAUCAUGAGGUGAAAUUAGUAGUGAAUGUAAAGUUAAUAUUUUUGUUUUGUUUUUCACAGCUUGAGCUGUGGCAAGGUCUAGACAAUAACAGAAUAUCUAUUAAAAUUUAACACAAAACUCCA